ACACCUCAGACAUGAAAGCUCCGGCAGGAGCUCUGGUGAGGCUGCAUCCUUUCCCCAAAUAACAUCUCCAAGUUCUAGAAAACUCAAACCUAUAAAAGAAACCAAUGUGUUUAAAUCAUAAAGAGUUUUUUUUUAAGAAACAUCCUACUUAAAGUUAACUUUUAGAAAAGAUUUUAAAGUGUUUACAUAAGGUCAAUGAUUGGGCAGUAACUUGUGAUUUUGACCUUUAACUAUCUUGAUGAACUGUCCAUGAAAGUGAUGUUUGUUUGGAUAGUGAGGACACACGCAGACCUAAGUUGUCAUAUCAGUGUGAACAUCUCAGGUGAACCUCCAGCCUUCAUUAAGACAUCACAUCAAACUGACAAUUGUCGCUGAGCAGACUUUAAAGAGUCAUUUCCCACAGAAGGAAUCUAAUUAUUUUUCUUUCUAUCACAUUAACCGUCUGUUCGGCCUUGUUCACACAAAGGUGAUAACGAACCGGGAAGCUCUUAUUUUGGCACUUUGGGUGUUCUUUGAACUUUUUUUUUUUUUUUAAGGGAAACCUAUAAAGGUCCGGAGAUCUGUUUCUAUAUAAAACACAGAAAAAAAGCCCCCAUAUUCACUCUGUCCGCCUCACUGAGCACCGGUGUGGUUUCCAACAUGGAUCUGGAAGCUUUUACAGCAACCAUCCUAUCCGAAUGGGAGAGCAUCGAGGGCGCAUCUGGAGAAAACCAGCAGUCCGUUUGUCCACUGUCCCCCCUGGAUUCAUCGCUGUGCUCAUCGCCGGAGAUGUGUCGCCCCAUCUCCAGACAGGAGAUGAAGGAUUUCUCUUUUGGAUGCAGCGGGCGCAAAGGGACUCAGCAGAGGCAAAGCAAAGCAAAGAUGUCCGAGAAAAGGCGCAUGAAGGCCAGCGAGAGGGAGAAGAUGCGGAUGAGAAGCCUGGCAGAGGCUCUCCACCAGCUCCGAGACUACCUUCCGCCGGACUACAGCAAGAGAGGCCAGCCCCUGACCAAGAUCCAGACGCUUAAAUACACCAUCGAGUACAUCAACAAGCUCUCGGACAUCCUGAGCCGUGCGUAACGGACGCAGCUUGGACUACUUUUACGCAGCGUUCAUCUGGUCCUCAUUCAGAAAACAUGUUUCCAUUUUCUUACAAAACAACUUGAAAUCUUAUAUUUUUAAUGAUUUUUUUCCCCCUUUGGAUUUGAUGUAAAUAUUAUUUGGGCACUUUGGAAAAUAUUUGGACAUGAGGAUGCCCAUUUUUUUUUAGAAUUGUGAAUUUAGUUGGUACAUGAAUUGUAUAGUAUUCAACUUUUCUACGCUUUUUUCACUGAAAAGGGAUCAAGAGACAUAAGGGAAAAUGUUUUCUCUUUAUACUGAUACCUUUGUUCCUUAUGAUAUUCAAAUUGUGUGUGGAUUUUCACGUUUUGUGUUCG